AGCAGCUCUGCAGUCAGAUGGUUUUUAUCCGAAGAUGUUCACUUUUACAAACUUCUGUCACGUUUGGUUCCUGCACACAGUUCUGAUCUGCUGCAGUGAAAACUCCACAGUGAUCCAGUUCUCCGUCCCGGAGGAUCACCACAUCCGCCUGCCGUGCGGCAGUUCUGACAGAUCUUCUGUGGUCUGGACUUAUCAGGACAAGAAGGUCCCGGUGACCCGACAGGGCCGCUACGAGACAAACGAGGACCCUCAACGCUACCAUCUGGAGUCUGACGGCAGCCUUCGCCUCCUGCAGCUCGAUGAGUCUGACAGCGGGGAGUAUCGCUGUAACCAGCGGCUGGUGGCCGAGCUGCAGGUGCUGACAGGCAAUGACUUCAGGGUGUCUGCAGGCCGGACGCUGCUGCUCCCCUGCAGCGGCUCCUCCAGACCCAAAAAGAGGUGGUACCACAGGAGGGAAGGAAGGAAGCAGGAGGCCAUCUUCACCCGGUUCAAAAACAACACGGUGACACCAGAGAGGAAGGGGAGCCGGCUCAGCUAUGACAACGAUGCCCUGCAGAUCCGGGACCUGCAGCCAGAGGACGCUGGAGAGUAUCAGUGUAAUGGAGAGAUGUGGGUCAGAGUCACCGUCCUGACAGCGCAGCCAGAGCCGACCAGAAUCGAACAAACCGCCAGUACAACUGCAUCACCUGCUGCGGUCAACACAGAUGUGGCUGAAAUAAAGACGAAGGAGAAGAAGAGACGUGAGAAUGCCCUGCUUGUGGUUGCUGUGGUCGGUCUGGGGUUCAUGAUCUUCCUGUUGGCUGCAGUCUGUGUUAUAAUGAUCAGCAUGAAGUGCCGGAGGAAGAAGAAAUGCAGACGUACAGCAGCAGCAGCACAGACGCAUGAGGACACUGAGCUGCAGCUGUGGAAGACGUCCGACACACAAACAGAGUAUGAGGUUUACGGGAGUCCGUCCCUGCCGGAGGAGACGAUCCAUUAUGCCUCUCUGGGCCGACAGAACUGGAGGGAGAGACCCAACAGGACGCCGCCGGAACAGGACCACCUCAAUGUCAUCUACUCGUCCAUCAUCACCAGACCUGCCGCCAAAUAGAAACCAAACAGUCGAAAUGUCACAUAUGAAACAAUGAGUCUGUUUUUGAUCUUAACCGUACAUGUAAAUGCACUUUAAUAAAGUAAAUAUAUACUA